CUUACAAUUUAGAGCAACCUUUCACACUAGACGCAUCUACCUAAGGGCAUAAGUGUUUCAAAGUCUGGAAGAGGGAGUCAAAAAGUCAAGUAUGAAUGGAAAUUCAAUGUAAGAUGUAAUUAUUAUGUAGCUGAGUUCCUUUAUCCUUUGUGCUCAUGAACGUACAACUAUUUCAAAUUGGCGCCAAUCAGGCAUGAGGCGGAUGCUUUCAAGCAUUAAGGUGGUUGUGGGGUAAAUUGGUCGCCCACUUCCUGACUUCCUUCCUCUCCGUCUCCCUCUCUAUUCCAAAGUCUCAACUUGCAUCUGACUCACUUGCAUGGGUAAUAUCAACCAGACAAUUCUCCCACUGCCGCCUUCCUCACUAUCCGUCUACUACUACCGGCGCCAACUCGCUGGCCAUGCAGCUCGAGCUCUGUCCGAGGUCUCUAUUUCCAAGGAUGGCGACAUUGACACUCAACUUGGAGUCUUCGGCGUCUCCAUUUCCCAGCUCGAUGAUGGGGCGAUCGACCAUAUUGCCUUCGCCACCGACAUAGCUGUGUAUCUCAUCGAGGUUGGUGGAAAUGCGCGGGGCGAUGGGGCUCUAGACCGUGUUUUUCAAAAAUUCUUAGGAUCCACUACCACGGUUUUAGCAGGAUUUGGUAUGCCCCGGAUUUCUCUUCGACUUCGCCAUAAUCUGGGAUAUCAUGUCCGAGGCGUGGACCUUUCUACACUCUUUUCUUCUAGUACUUCCGCGUGGCGUCCAUCGAAGGUUGUACAAAAACUUUGCGCGAUCGAUAAUACAUUCCGUGUUGACUCUCUUUGGCACGAGAACGACCAAGAAGGCUCCGUAGAGAAGCUGUGUUUGAGGGCGUGGAUUUCUGCAAAAGUUGGAAGGUCGGAGGUGGCAAGAGUUCCAAUUGAGAAUGUACGAAAGGUUGAUACACGUCAUGUAAGGAAAGAUAUACUCUCGUGUCUGGGCACUUUGUUACAACAGACCGAUGUUUUGGCCCGAGCGGCUCCAAGGGUGACGCAUAGCGAACACGAGUCUUACGACUUCAACAAAGACGGGAAAAUGAAGUUGCAAAAUUCACGCUACAAGACUCGGGUGCGAGUCAGUAAACAGUCAUACGUCGAGGUAGUGAGCCGCACUGGCAAGGUCUAUCAAGGUGAAGCCGUCCGCGCAAAGGGAAAAACCACAGAAAUUGCCUUUCGACAGGGGAUCUCGGAAGCCAGUGAUAUCUCUUCAGUUCAUAUAGUCGGCUUAGACGAACCUACUCCUGCUGAAAAGGCUCGAGAUACACUACUUUUGAGGGUUCUGAAAGAUGAAGAUAAACUUCUCGAUGCUGAUUUUGUUCGUUAUCUCUGGUUUCGAACACGGGAAGAUGAACAAAUCCUUCUGUACCCGUCUCCGGAUUUCACAGGUUCUACUCAUUCGAACGCGUUAAAGCCGUACGUUCGGCACUUGAAUGAUUCACAGGCGAGGGUGGUAACGGCGAUGACUUCAAAUGACCCGAUAGUAAUUGUACACGGCCCCCCUGGGACAGGUAAAACAACAACGAUAUCUUCUGCCGCCGAAGUCUGGUCGAAAAUGUACUCCCUCCCCGUUUGGAUCAUCGGACAUUCGAACGUCUCAGUCAAGAAUAUCGCUGAAAAGUUGUUAAAGCGAGAUGUUGACUUCAAAUUGAUUGUCUCGAAGGAAUUCUACGUUGAAUGGCACGAACACAUCUAUGAAAAAAUAACUGCAAGAUUGAUCCGCACGGACGAGCUACCAGAUAAUGUCCUUGGAAUGAGUCGUUUAAUUGGCAGUUCUACAGUGAUCCUUUCGACGCUUGGACUCUUAUCGAAUGCCGCUCUAGAGAGUAAUGGUCUUUUUCGCGUUGUAUCUGUCGAAAGGCUCGUUAUAGAUGAAGCGUCUCAGAUCAAUGUAUUUGAAUACAUGCAUAUCUUUCACAAAUUCAGAAGAUCUUUGGUCAAGGUGUGCUUUUUUGGCGAUUCGAAGCAAUGCGAUACCACCAUUUGGUCAGGAGAGGGUAAAAACUCUACAAAGUAUCUUCGACAUUGAGUACUUGAAACCAACAAGCUACUUUCUUGAUGUUCAAUAUCGUUUGCCAGUGCCCCUCGGAGAGUUCAUUUCAAUGAAAGUUUAUGAAAAUCAGUUGAAGUCAUUCCAUAGCAUUACGCAGUACAGUUGUGUGCGGUUUGUUGAUACACCUCGUGGAGUGGAGGAGAGAAGCGGGGUCAGUUGGAUUAAUCUGGGCGAAAUUUCGGUGAUAGUGAAUCUGAUUAAGAAUUAUUAUCAGAAAAAGGAUUUUUGUGUUAUUACUCCAUAUGAUGCACAACGGGCUGCUAUAGAGAAACAGCUCAAGCAGGAAAAUAUUCCAUGGGAGAAGGUGUUCAAUGUAGAUAGCUUUCAA